AGCCUCGCUUGAUUGUUGACCCCAAUUCACAAGCACAACUAAGUAGCCUCGUUAUUAUUGUAUCACUGACAAUACCAACAAUGCGCGCAACCAAUUAAACCCCCUCCACUUUCUUGAGAUUGCUUUUCUUCCUGUCGCUCGUUCAGAUCGGAAAAAUUUCCCUCGACGAACUUUCAAGAAACAAAACACAAGCGUUCCUUCCCUAUCAAACUCCUUUGUUUACUCUCGAAGACUCGAGCUACUCCUACCUUUGAUACAUACUGACAAGAAUACCGUGCAGUCAAAAUCACACUCCUUUACGUCAUCUUUCAGCAGCUGGUACUACUUUACGAUGGCUUCCUUUUCAAUUCUGACCCUCUUCGUUGCUCUGCGACUCCUCCUCCUCGUCUCUGGCGCACCGUCUCCGAGACCCGUCCCUGCUACUGAUGCUGCCGCGACAUCUAGCUAUUGGCUUGCAUCUAUCACCAGACAGGGCACGGCUGCUUAUGGUACCGCUGGAUAUCAAAUAUUCCGAAAUGUGAAGGACUUCGGCGCAGCUGGAGAUGGAAGCACCGAUGAUACUGCCGCAAUCAAUGCAGCAAUUACUGCUGGUUCUCGUUGCGGUCAAGGUUGCGACUCUUCGACAACUACUCCAGCCCUGAUCUAUUUCCCUCCCGGCACCUACUCCAUCAGCAAGCCGCUCAUCCAACUUUACUAUACACAAUUUGUUGGCGAUGCGGUCAGCGUCCCGACUAUCAAGGGCACAGCAGGCUUCCAGGGCAUCGCUUUGAUCGACUCGGAUCCUUAUGCUGAUGGCGGUAUCAAUUGGUACACCAACCAAAACAACUUCUUCCGACAGAUUCGCAACUUUAUCAUUGACACCACUGCCAUGCCAGUCAGCGCUGGUACUGGUAUUCAUUGGCAAGUUGCUCAGGCUACUAGUCUGCAAAACAUUGUGUUCAACAUGAGAACUGAUGGAGGAACUUCAAAUGCCCAGCAGGGUAUCUUUAUGGACAAUGGUUCUGGCGGUUUCAUGACUGAUUUGACCUUCAACGGAGGCAAAUACGGUGCAUUCUUUGGAAAUCAGCAGUUCACUACCAGAAAUCUGACCUUCAAUAACUGCCAAACUGCUGUGUUCAUGAACUGGAACUGGGCAUGGACUCUUUCUGGUCUUUCCAUUAACAACUGUGGUAUUGGUGUUGAUAUGGCCAACGGAGGAGCAUCAAGCCAGACUGUUGGCUCUAUUCUGCUUGUUGACAGCAAAAUCUCCAACACACCCAUCGGCGUUUCAACCGUCUACUCCACGAACGAAGGCUCAACCAACGGAACCCUUGUCAUCGAUAAUGUCGAUUUCUCUACGAACUGCCCAGUCGCUGUAUCGAACGCUGCUUCUAAGGCAACUAUUCUCGGUGGCAACGCAAAGAUUGCGUCCUGGACUCAAGGACGCCAAUACGCUGGCGCAAAUGCUGGUACCGCUGGUCAAGGUCCACAGACUGCUCCAACAAAGCCUGCUUCCCUUUUGAACUCUGCAGGCAAUGUCUUCACCCGAUCAAAACCUCAGUAUGAUGGUGUGCCCGUCUCAUCUUUUAAGAGUGUCAAGGCAGCAGGUGCCAAGGGUGACGGUGUCACGGAUGAUACCGCGGCUAUCCAAGCUGUCUUAAACGCUGCUGGCCCUACGGAUGUUGUUUACUUCGAUCAUGGCGCAUAUGUCAUCACCAGCACUGUCAAGGUUCCCAAGAACAUUCGAAUCACUGGCGAAAUCUGGCCACUCAUCAUGGCAGGAGGAUCAACUUCUUUCAAGGAUCAAGCAAAUCCACAACCAGUUUUCCAAGUUGGCCAGCCAGGCGAUACAGGAGCCGUCGAAAUUUCAGACCUCAUUUUUGAGACCCUUGGCCCUCAGCCUGGUGCCAUUCUUGUUGAGUGGAAUGUUGCCGAGACAUCACAAGGUGCAGCUGGCAUGUGGGAUGUCCAUUUCCGAAUUGGAGGCUCCGCUGGAACUCAACUUCAGUCAGACAAAUGCUCCAAGAACCCCACCGUCAUUGCUCCUGCUAACGCUGCCUGCGAGGGCGCGUUUCUCCUCUUGCAUGUCACUUCACAGGCCACUAUCUAUCUGGAGAAUAACUGGUUCUGGGUUGCUGAUCACGAGCUCGAUCUUGGUGACCACAACCAAAUCAACAUCUUCAAUGGACGCGGCGUCCUCAUCGAAUCUGCCAAGGGCCCAGUAUGGCUGUAUGGAACUAGCUCAGAGCAUAGCGUUCUGUACAACUACCAGAUCGCCAACGCGACCAACGUUUACAUGGGUUUGAUUCAAACAGAGACUCCUUACUUCCAGAGCAACCCCGACGCCUCAACUCCAUUUGCUGCCAACGCGAAAUACUCUGACCCAACCUUCUCUGGCUCAGCCAGCGUCAACAAGGCUUGGGGUCUCCGUGUUGUUGACUCGCAGGAUGUCUUCGUCUAUGGUGCUGGUCUUUACAGCUUCUUCGAUAACUACGGCCAGACCUGCCUUACGGCCGAGAGUUGCCAAACCAACAUGGUCUCUCUCGAGAACUCUGGUGCAGUCUACCUGUAUGGAUUGUCCACCAAGGCCGCAACCAACAUGGUAACCGUGAACGGUGCCAGUGGCGCUUUGGAUAGUGACAACCGCAACAACUUCUGUGCCACGGUCGCGCUGUUCUCGCAGGCUGGCACAGCAGCAGGUACACCGAUUGUCUCGAAGUGUGUAUAAAGAGAUACAUCUUUCUUUGAGUUUUUGAGAUACCCACCUUCUUGUACAUAGUUUUUGAUGGCAUGAUUGGAGUAAAAGGAGCAUACACGGACCGAAACCCGUUCUCGGGAUCUGGAGAUCUGCACAAGAAGUUGUAUAGAAACAACGAGAUAUCUGAUCUGUAUUGAAGAUUUGAAAGUUAGAGUGAAUAUGCUGCAUAAAGUGAACUUGACAUAUCUG